UCCCAGCAGCCCCCGCGGGACGCCGCUCGCUCGCCCCCUCCCUCCCCGCGCCUGCGCAAUGCGGACCCCGCCGCGCCGCAGGCACCGCCUCCUCAUCCCCUCAAGGCGGGUGGUUUCGGGCCGGUACCGACGGAGAGGGCGCGGGUUCGAGCCGCACGGCGCGGACAAGGAGGUAGUUUAUCCCAUUGGAGGAAAAUGGGAUCGAAACAGAUUGCGCAGGAAACAUUUGAUGAUGCAGUGCAAGAAAAUAUUACAGAAUUUGAAAUGGAUCCAGAAGAGGCUGUGAGAGAAGCUGUGCAGCAGUUUGAGUCCCAAGGUGUUGACCUGAGCAACAUUGUGAAAGCUGUGCGGCAGCCUGCCUCUGAAAAUGGUCAAAAGCACCAAAUUUUGCUGACUUUAGAUUCCCUCGGGAGAGCCGUUGCUGACUCUGAUCUCGCUGAGAUGGCCGAGCAGCUCGUGGUCUUCACCGAUCAGUGCAAAGAACAGCUGGCUUUCCGCUACCUGGCUGGGCAGAACGGUGCCUAUUCUGUGGUAUUCUCUGCCUGCCAGCUGGCCUCAGGAGACAGAAAUUUAAUGCUGAAGGCCUUUUCUACUUUAUCUGCCGUCUUGGAUGGGCAGCCAGACCUGCUUGACUCUGCUGGCCAGGUUCUGCUGCUCCAAACUCUGCAAGAAUAUAGAGAGGAUGCGGAAAUGACGCUGGCUGGGAUGCGGUGCAUUCGGCACGCCUGCCUGAAACACGAGCAGAACCGUCAGGACUUUGUCAAAGGUGGGGUUCUGCCGCUGCUGACCGGAGCCAUAGUCCAGCACGGAGACAGCGCCGACGUCGUCCGAACGGCCUCCUCGACGCUCAGGGUCAUGACAUUUGACGACGACAUCCGCGUGCCCUUUGGUCAUGCUCAUGAUCACGCCAAAAUGAUUGUGUUAGAAAAUGAUGGGUUGAGAGUCCUCAUUGAAGCUGCAAAAGCAUUCACAGAUAACUCCAGCGUUCUCAGUGAACUGUGUGCCACCCUUUCUCGCCUCUCUGUCCGGAAUGAAUUCUGUCAAGAAAUUGUGGACCUUGGCGGCUUAAAUUUUAUGGUGGCUCUCCUGGCUGACUCCAUUGACCAUCCGGACGUGGUGAAGCAGGUGCUCAGCGCCAUCCGAGCAGUUGCAGGUAACGACGAUGUGAAAGAUGCCAUCGUUAAUGCUGGGACAACGGACCUCAUUGUGCUGGCCAUAAGCCAUCACCUUGCCAACCCUCAGAUCUGCGAGCAAGGCUGUGCAGCCUUGUGCAUGCUGGCUUUGCGCAAACCCGAGAACUGUAACGUCAUCAUGGAAGGCGGAGGGGCGUUGGCGGCUCUUCAGGCCAUGAAAGCACACCCACGAGAAGUGGCUGUACAGAAACAGGCUUGCAUGCUGAUCCGCAACCUGGUCUCCCGGAGCCGGGACUUUUCUCAGCCCAUCUUAGAGAUGGGAGCUGAGAACCUGAUCACAGAAGCUCGUGCGACGCACAAGGACUGCGAUGACGUGGCCAAAGCUGCGCUGAGGGAUCUGGGCUGCAAAGUGGAGCUCCGCGAGCUGUGGACAGGUCAGAAGGGGAGCCUGGCUCAGUGAAUCGGCCACCACUGAGCUGCGGAGCUUCAAGACAUCUGUGCACGUCAAGUCUUAAGGGGGGAAACGAAGUGGCGUGGAUUCAUUUGCAGUUCCAUCCAACUGGAACAUCUGAAGCAAAUGCCUGGCUUGUGAGGCUGCGGUGAACUUUUUUUGGGAGCUACAGCUGGAAUGGCUUUAUGCAUUCACAGGCUGCAAGUCAACUCUGUGUAGUAAUUAUUCACCAAAUCAUCUAAUGCCUGAAGAUGAUCUGCUCCCUCCAUUGUUAUGUCUAUUCCUUGUUUACAGAACGGGGCCAUUCCCGUGUGCUCUGUUCUGUACAGCAAGAGCAAAAGUGGCUCUUUUUUGGUAGAGUUUGGUACGUACUGCAGCAGCUGGUUCUGAUUUGUUCCUCUGCUCUCUGCAAGAAGCCCGAGCCGGUAACGGGAUGGAUGAGGAGGAACUCCAUCAUUUGUGAAUGUGUUCUGUCCUGUUGUACUGUUCUACUAACUGUUAUUUUACUGCUGACCGUAUUCUGCGCUGCUGCUUUGUUUUGGAUUUUCAGCCAACAUAACAUUUUAAACAAAAGCAAAGUAAGAAUUUUGAGUAGUGUGGCCCAAAGCAACAUAACUUUGAUGUUGCCCUUUGCAUAUAGGUGGAAGGUUCACAUUCUCUUUCAGUGAGAUGAGCAAGUCAGGGACUGGUAGCGAGUUACAAAGCAGUGGUGGUAUCAUGCAGCAGGAAGCCAGCCCUGGGGAGCCCAGGUUUUGGUUGUAUCUUAGCAGGGUGACGCUUCCCUGGAUCCAGGAGUGCUGUGAUUGCGAUGAAGAGGCCGUGUGCCUCGUGGGCUGAAGACAGCUGUGGACUUGGGGGCAAAAAGGGAGACAUGAAACAUCCAGAAACGUUCUGAAAUCUCCACUCAAGGCAUCUGCCAGACUGUGGUGUUACCAGCUCUGCUCUGGGUGCUGAACCUUCCUCCUUGCACUGCUGAUGAUGUUGUACUUGAAUGGAUGUUUUCUAAUGUGAUACUCUCUGUAGAAAUGUUGAUUCUAUAAAAUAUAAAAAAAGUGCAAGGGUG